GGAGGCGAGGAGCGAGCGAUAGCAGCAGCAGCGGGACAAAGGGGCCGUCGGGGGGAGCGGAUCGGAACCGAACCGGAGCCGGGAGGAACCGGUACUGCGGCGGGCGCAAGUGAGUCCCGGAGGCCCCGGUACUAGCACCCAGGACAGCGCUGACCGGAGCAGGUCCUGGGGCUGGGAAGACCCGGUAGCGGCAGCACCGGGCGGAUCCUGUACCAGCAGGAGACGGGGCUUUUCCAUGUUCUGCUUCUGAUCCCGGCCCGGAAACACCAGGGAGCGGAUCCGGACCUAGUUCGGGCCCAGGCAGCAGCAUGACCCGGUUCUGGUCGUACUAGGUUCUGGCAAGAAGCGAAUUAGGGUCCGGAAGAAGGAUCGGCCUCAGUUCGGUUUGCACGUGGUCCCGGAACAGGCAGGACGGAUGUGUGUUUGGUCCUGAUUCGGUGCAGACAAGAAGUGAAUCGCGAUCCAGCACUUAGUUCUAAGCUGAAGGCGGUUCUGGUUCCGGCCUCGUCCCGGUUCCGUGCCGUGGAAGGAUCUGGCCAGACUGCACGUGGUCCUGGUCCCUUGGAGGCAGAACCCCGAGCCGGUAAUAGCAGGCCCCGGUUCUGGUUCCCGCGAGGGCAGGGAGCGGACCUGGUUCCUUCCAUCGCGGUACCGGCAGCUGAAGGCGGCGUCGGUUCUGGACCCACGCGGGCCGGGCUCUGGGCUGAGGCAGCAUCCGCAGGAUCCACCUAAGAGCCGCUCCCGGGAUCAGGCGCCGGAGGUUCUGAGCCCACGUGGGCCCGGUUCGGGCGGCAGCCAGUUGUGACCCGGUUCGGGUCCCCGGUCCGGCGGAUGGCAGCGCCUUGCAGCCCGGAGAGCGGCCGGGCGGGGGCCACAAGCCCCCGCGUGUAUUUCCAGAGCCCCCCGGGGGAGCCGGGCCAGGAGGAGGAGGAGGGGCCGGGCCGGCGCCAGGGGAAGGUCACGGUGAAAUACGAUCGCAAGGAGCUUCGCAAGCGGCUCAACCUGGAGGAGUGGAUCCUGGAGCAGCUCACGCAGCUGUACGACUGCCAGGAGGAGGAGAUCCCAGAGCUGGAGAUCGAUGUAGAUGAGCUGCUGGACAUGGGCAGCGAUGAUGCCCGGGGAGCCAGGGUGAAGGAGCUCCUGGUUGACUGUUACAAGCCCACAGAGGCUUUCGUGGGGGACCUGCUCGACAAGAUCCGCGGCAUGCAGAAGCUCAGCACCCCCCAGAAGAAAUGAUCCCCCCCACAUCUUCAGACCCACCUCCCCCAGCUGAAGGGGUGGGGAAAGCAACCCAUGGCACCAGGCUGGGGUGGGGGAAUCCCCUCUCUAAAGUUGGAGGGCAUAGAGGGAGGGGGCCCCCCUCCUUAACCUCCCCAGCGCAUUGAUAAUCACUAGCCAGCUGGACAGCUCCUUAGCAAUACCCCCAUGUGAGCCCCCUCUUUUUUGGUAGCUGGGGGCCCUAAGGGGGUUAUUUUUUUUUUAAGGAUUUUUUAAUUAUUACAUGAAUUUUCUGUUGUGUUUUUAUAUGAAUUUAAUAAAAGAGUUUGAGAGUU